AUGUCAGCAAAAGUGGUUUCUGCAAAGACUGCAGCUUCAGACGCUGAACAGAUUUCAAAGCUCAGAGCAUCACAGUCGCCUAUUGCAAUUUCCGUCCAGCGUUGUCCGACUUGGUCAUCACUUGACCCACUUGUCUUCAGACGCUACUGGGAUAACGAUUCAAAUGGAGUUCUACUUAACACAGGACAAACAGCAUACUUCACAUUCGACUCUCCAACGAGGCCCCGACUAAGCGGAGGCCCACUUAUUGGUGAAUAUAUAUUCGAACAGAUGCACUUUCAUUGGUCAGUCGAUGACUUCACUGGAUGCGAACACGUGCUAGAUGGUCAUGGGUAUGCAGCAGAAUGUCAUUUAGUUCACUACAAUAGUAAAUACGAAUCAUUAGAAGCAGCAGUUGCCCAUUCAGAUGGUUUAGCUGUUGUUGGCUACUUGCUAGAAACGGUUGAUGCACCGAACCCAAGCUUUGACAUGUUUGUGGAAGGACUGGAACAGAUAAAGAAGCCAGAACUCAGUGUUAGUCUUUCUGCAGAAUCUUUAGCGUGGAUGAACAGAGAAGACGUAACAUCCGGAAGCUACGUGACAUACAAAGGUUCCUUAACCACGCCUCCCUAUACUGAAUGCGUUACCUGGAUAAUAUAUGAGAAGCCAGUACAGAUAGGAACUGAACAGUUGGGACUCUUAAGACAAUUGGAGGGAGCUGACAGCGUGCCCAUUGAAAGGAACGUGAGACCCACCCAGCGACAUCCGCCAGGACACUCUGUUAUUUACGUGAAACAGAUCAAGUCGAAACUGUGACAUUUUUAUGAGGAUCAAAAUAAACUAUCGCAAUAUACAAAUUG